AUGCUGGACGCGUCCUCCACGCUCGACCUCUGCCCCGACGACGGCGCCAUCGGCGCCAUCCAGUACGACUUCCGCACCAUCGCUGACGUGGCGGGCAUGGAGAACAACAGCGUGGCGGACGUGCUGGGCGUGGUGGUGUCGGUGGGCGCGAGCGCGAGCAUCAUGCGGCGCAACGGCACCGAGACCAUGAAGCGCACCUGCAUGAUCCGCGACCAGUCCGGGCGGCAGACGGAGCUCACCAUGUGGGGCGGCUUCUGCAGCGCUGAGGGGCAGCAGCUGCAGGAGCUGGUGGAAGCAGGGCAGCACCCGGUGCUGGCGAUCAAGGCGGGGCGGGUGAGCGACUUCAGCGGCAAGUCGCUGGGCACCAUAUCGUCCACGCAGCUCGCCAUCAACCCCGACAUCCCCCAGGCCAAGGAGCUCGCCGCCUGGUACACCGCUGGGGGGGGCGCGUCCAUGCCCGUGCAGGUCAUCUCCUCCGAGUUUGGCGGGGCGGGCGGGGGCGGGACAGGCAGGGAGCCGCGCAAGAUGAUAGCGGCGAUCAAGGACGAGGGGCUGGGGCUGGGCGGCAAGGUGGACUGGAUCUCCGUGCGCGGCACCGUGUCGUACUUCCGUGCCGAUAACUGCUACUACCCCGCGUGCCCGCUCACGACGGCCGAGGGGCGGCAGUGCCAGAAGAAGGUGGUACAGGACAGCAAUGGCGACGGGUGGUACUGUGAGAAGUGCGGCCGCGCCACACCCACGUGUGACUUCCGGUACAUUCUCAGCUUCCAGUUGCAGGACCACACCGGCAUGACCUGGCUCUCCGCCUUCCAGGAAGUCUCCGAGGAGAUGCUGAAGACGCCUGCAUCGGAGAUCAACAGGUGGCGCGAGGAGAACGACCUGCGGGCGGGGGAGGUGUUUGCCAACGCGCAGUGGAGCCAGUGGGUGCUGAAGCUCAAGGUGCGAGAGGAGACGUGGCAGGACGAGUGGGUGCUGAAGCUCAAGGUGCGAGAGGAGACGUGGCAGGACGAGGCCAAGCCGCCUCCAUCAUCUGGAGCUGAGCGAUCAUCGCACGGCGGUCAGAGCAGGCUGAUCAUCACGGAGAUGGUCCUCGAGAACUUCAAGUCGUACGCUGGGGUGCAGCGCGUAGGUCCGUUCCACAAGUGCUUCUCGUCGGUCGUCGGCCCCAAUGGCAGCGGCAAGAGCAACGUGAUUGACGCCAUGCUCUUCGUCUUCGGGAAACGCGCGAAGCAGCUGCGACUGAACAAGGUGUCGGAGCUGAUUCACAACUCCACAGACCAUCAGAAUCUUGAGUCGGCCCGCGUAUCCGUGCACUUCAAGGAGAUAGUUGAUUUGGAUGACGAGAAGUACGAGUCAGUGCCAGGUUCGGAGUUCGUUAUAUCGCGUACGGCGUACCGCAACAACACGUCCAAGUACCACGUGGACGACCACGCGAGCACGUUCACGGAGGUGACGAGGCUGCUCAAGGCCAAGGGCGUCGACCUCGACAACAACCGCUUCCUCAUCCUGCAGGUGCGCGCCGCUGCCAAGCUAGUAAAGACAGCGUACUUGUCAGUUGCCAGAUUUAUUCCCGCGCUCGUUCACUUGUCAUCGUUGAUAAAGACGUUCGUUCCCAUUGCUCGUAUCCGCGGCGCAGGGCGAGGUGGAGCAGAUCGCGAUGAUGAAGCCCAAGGCGCAGGGCCCGCACGACGAGGGCUGCUGGAGUACCUGGAGGACAUCAUCGGCUCCAACCAGUACAUCGAACAGAUCGACAAGGGCGCCAAACAGCUGGAGGAGCUGAACGAGCGGCGGGUGGGGCUGGUGGAGCGAGUGAAGCACGCGGAGAAGGACAAGGACACGCUCGAGAGCCAUGAUGUCAUGCGCUACCAUCCUGCACUGUGUCCUCAACGCGCGAUGCCCUCGUGCCCUCCCGCUAACCGUUUGCUCCCUCCCUGCCUGACCCCCUUUAUGCGCGCUGUGCGGCAGGAGGCGAAGCGGGCGGCGGAGGCGUACAUGGUGAAGGAGGCGCAGUGCGCGCAGUGGGCCAUGGUGGGGCGCGCGAUGGGGCUGCGGGAGUCGCAGGGCAAGGCGGGCGCGCUGGGCGCCAAGGUGGCGGGCUGGAGGGCACGCUGGCCGCUGAGAAGUGAGGAGAAGUGCUCCGGGCUGCGGGAGGAGCUGCAGGUGAAGACAGACGCGUGCGACAAGUGCAACACGGAGUAUGAGGCGCUGUGCGGCGAGCUGGAGGCGGCGAGGGCGGACUUCAAGGAGUACGAGCGCAAGGACGUGAAGAUGCGCGAAGACCUCAAACACUGCAAGGCGCGCCUCAAGAAGCUCGCCGAUAAGAUCGCCAAGGACACGGCCAAGGCGGAGGAGGUGGAGAAGGCAGCGGCGGAGGCGGAAACGGCCAUCCCCGAGUUGGAGAAGAAGGCAGCCGCGCUGGCGCCUCGGCUGGUGGAGGCGGAGAAGAAGCUGGAGAGCAUCCAGGAGCAGGUCCGAGUGGAGGUGGAGCGGCAGCAGCAGCAGCUGGGCCCGCUGCAGGAGCAGCUGGCGCCGUGGGAGGAGAAGGCGAGCGCCGCCAAGGCCAAGGCGGACGUGACGCGCACGAAGCUGAGCCUCAUCCGCGACAAGCACGCCGCCGCUGAGAAGCAGCUGGAGGCGGUGCGCAAGGCCAUAGAGGAGCGCGAGGAGGGGCGGAAGCAGAAGCAGGAGCAGCUGAAGCGCAUGGAGGCGGCCGUGAGGGAGAGCGAGGCGGUGGUGGCCGCUAGCGCCAAGGAGGAGGAGACCAAGGCGGAGGAGGAGGCAGCUGCGCGCGCAGAGGCGGAGGCUGCACAGGGGCGCGCGGCGGAGAUGAGGGAGGCGGCAGCGGCGCAGCGCAGCAGCAGCGCCAUCCUGACGGCGCUGAUGCAGGCGAAGCGGGACGGCAGCAUCCCCGGCAUCUACGGCCGCCUGGGCGACCUGGGCGCCAUUGACGGCAAGUACGACGUGGCGAUAUCAACGGCGUGCGGUGCACUGGAGUACAUAGUGGUGGACAACAUCGAGACCGCACAGGCCUGCACGGCGCUGCUCAGGGAGCAGCAGCUGGGCGUGCAGACCUUCCUCGCCCUGGACAAGCAGCAGCACCUGGUGCGGGACAUGUCUGAGAAGGUCAACACGCCGGAGGGAGUGCCACGGCUGUUCGACCUGGUGCAGGUGCAGGACGCGCGCCUGCUGCCCGCCUUCUGGUUCGCCCUGCGCAACACGCUCGUCGCCUCCUCCCUCGACCAGGCCUCGCGCAUCGCGUACGGCGCGGACGCGCGGUUCAGGCGGGUGGUGACGGUGGCGGGCGAGAUGUUCGAGUCCAGCGGCACCAUGGCGGGCGGCGGGGGGCGGCCCCGCGGCGGCCGCAUGGGCAGCUCGCUGAAGGCGGCGGCGGCGGCGGCAGGCGGGGGGGUGACGCGGGAGAUGGUGGAGGAGGCGGAGAGGGAGGUGGCGCACGCGGUGGCGCAGCUGGAGCGAGUGAGGGAGGAGAGGCGCGCGGCUGUGGCGAGAAGAGAGGAGGCGGAGAGGGUGUUGAAGCGGCUGGGAAUGGACAUUCCCAAGGUCCAGAUGGAGAUUGAGUCGCUGGCAGCGCAGGUGGGCGAGCUUAGGCAGCGCGUGCAGGGGCUGCAGGCAGCGGCCGUGGCGAGUGCGGAGGAGGAGAGGCAGAUGGGCGCGCUGCAGCAGCAGCUGGCGGACGAGGAGGGCGAGGAGGCGCGCAUUGGGGAGGAGAUGGCGCCGCUGGUGGCGGCGGUGGCGCGCGUGCAGCAGGCCAUCGCUGAUGCCGGCAGGGAGGCGCUGGGCCAACAGAAGGACCACGUGGCCGCCAUCCAAAAGGCCAUUGACGAGGCGCAGACGGGCAUCAACCAGAGCCGAGUGACAGUGGCCUCAAGUGGCCGCAACCUGGAGAAGCUGAGGAAGGCGGUGGGGGAGGCGGAGGAGGAGAAGGCGAGGGCGGAGGAGGAGAUGACACGGAAGAAGGAGGAGAUGAACGCCGUCAUGCAGGAGGCCUUCGCUGUCAACGACAACUACGAACGCCUCCGCCAGUUGGUGGAGGGCAAGAAGGAGGAGUAUGGCGGCAUGAAGAAGGAGUUCCUGGCCAUCAAGGCACAGCUCGACAAGAUGCGCACCGGGGAGGUGGACGUGGAAUUGAAGCUGGAAGAUGCGAGGAAGGCGCUGAGGACGAGUCAGGAGACUGCUCGCCUGCAGAGGGAGAAGCUGAGGUCGCUGGGAGCGCAGCUCAGGCAGCACAUCGCUCAGAUGCAAGCGGAGGGCAUUGCAGAGGAGGACGUGGAGGCUGCAGGGCUGCCAUGGGACCUUCAGGAAGAGGAUGGGGAGAGACAGGGCAGGGCACGACCAGCAGCAGCAGGCGCAGCAGAAAGAGGAGGAGGGGAGGAUGAGGAGAUGGAGGAGGAUGAAGAUGCAGAGCAGAGGGAGGGAGGUGCGGGUGAGACAGGGACGGAAGAUGAGGGAGACGGUGAGGUGGAGAGGCUUCUGGGUCGCCUGUGUGGUAACCUUGUCCGUGCGGUUACCAGUCGGGAGGAGGCGGCAGCAGGGGAGCAGCGGCUGCGAGCAGAGUUGGAGGCACUCAAGGGGAACGUCAACCUGAGCUCCAUGGCCGAGUACCGCAAGAAGGAGGCGGUGUACGCGCAGAGGCUGGGCGAGCUGGAGGCAGUGACAGCGGAGCGUGACAGCGUGCGCGUGGCGCAGGAGGAGGUGAAGCGGCGGCGGCUGGAGGAGUUCAUGGCGGGGUUUGACGCCAUCACGAUGCGGCUCAAGGAGAUGUACCAGAUGAUAACACUGGGCGGCGACGCUGAGCUGGAGCUGGUGGACUCACUCGACCCGUUCAGCGAGGGCAUUGUGUUCUCCGUGCGCCCGCCCAAGAAGAGCUGGAAGAACAUCUGCAACCUCUCGGGCGGGGAGAAGACCCUGAGCUCGCUGGCGCUGGUGUUCGCCCUGCACCACUACAAGCCCACGCCCCUCUACGUCAUGGAUGAGAUCGACGCCGCUCUUGACUUCAAGAACGUGUCUAUAGUGGCGCAUUACAUCAAGGAGCGCACUAAGAACGCCCAGUUUGUCAUCAUCAGCUUGCGCAACAACAUGUUUGAGCUGGCAGACCAUCUUGUUGGGAUAUACAAGACACACAACUGCACCAAGAGCAUCACCAUCAACCCACGUAGCUUUGCAGUCGCGGCUGCUCCUACAGCCGCAGCUGUUCCAACUGCUGCGACCUAA